CCUGCAGACAUGGGGGGCUGCAUGGACUGCAUAUGGAACAGCUGCAACGGGCCAAAGAAUACGAAUCUGAAAUGGAGUUUACCUGCCGUGUGUUUCGUCUGGCAGUUGGCAAUGAUCAUUCUUUUUGGGGUGUUUGUGCGUUAUAACGAGGAGUCAGAUACUCACUGGGUUGAUGUCAGAAAGAAGCAAAAUAUCACAAGUGAUAUUGAGAAUGACUUCUACUUCAGAUAUCCCAGUUUCCAGGAUGUCCAUGUCAUGAUCUUUGUGGGCUUUGGGUUUCUAAUGACCUUCUUGAAGCGCUACAGUUUUGGAGCCGUUGGAUUCAACUUCCUCAUUGCAGCUUUCGGCAUCCAAUGGGCUCUUCUGAUGCAAGGCUGGUUCCAUUCGCUGGAUUACACUGAUGGAAAGAUCAAGAUUGGUAUUGAAAAUCUGAUCAAUGCAGAUUUCUGUGUGGCGGGGUGUCUGAUCGCGUACGGCGCUGUGCUGGGGAAGGUCAGCCCAGUUCAGCUGUUGGUGAUGACCCUGUUUGGUGUCACGCUGUUUGCUAUUGAAGAAUACAUCAUUCUAAACCUCCUUCAUGCCAAAGAUGCUGGUGGCUCCAUGGUGAUCCACACCUUUGGUGCUUAUUAUGGUCUGUCCAUAUCAUGGGUUCUGUAUCGGCCGAAUUUGGAUAAAAGCAAACGCAUGAACGGAUCUGUCUACCACUCCGAUCUGUUCGCCAUGAUCGGCACCCUGUUCCUGUGGAUGUUCUGGCCCAGUUUCAACUCGGCCAUUGCUGAUCAUGGAGACGGUCAGCACAGAGCUGCCAUCAACACUUACCUUGCUUUGGCCUCCACCGUCCUGACAACCGUCGCCAUAUCCAGCAUGUUUGAGAAAACAGGGAAACUGGACAUGGUUCAUAUCCAGAAUUCUACUCUGGCAGGUGGAGUUGCUGUAGGAACAGCAGCUGAAUUUAUGCUGAUGCCAUAUGGUUCUUUGAUCGUGGGUUUCUUUUGUGGAAUUGUGUCCACACUGGGCUACAUUUAUUUAUCACCAUUCUUGGAGGAGAAACUGAAGAUUCAAGACACCUGUGGCAUCCAUAACCUGCACGCCAUGCCAGGGGUUAUUGGAGGAAUUGUAGGCGCCAUCUCGGCUGCUGCUGCCAGCAAUACAGUUUAUGGGGAGUUAGGGUUGCAAAAUACAUUUGACUUCAUGGGGGAUUUUUCAAAACGGGUGCCCACCAUCCAGGGUGGCUACCAAGCAGCAGGACUAUGCGUGGCCUUAUGUUUUGGAAUCGGAGGUGGCAUAUUUGUUGGCUUGGUUCUGAAGCUUCCCAUCUGGGGCGACCCUGCAGAUGAAAACUGCUUUGAUGACGAGAUCUACUGGGAGGUUCCUGAGGAUGAAGAAAGCGUUCCUCCCAUUAUGUCCUACAACAAUCACGUGAUCUCCAACAAACACGCAGACAUCAGAGCAGAGACGAGCUUCGUGGAGCAGCGUUAACACAGACGGGAAUGGUGUGACGCGUGUCUUUGGGAAGACGUCUGCUUUUGUGUUGCUUUCCCAACAAAAUUCACUACCGGCCAAAAUUGAAAUGAAAAUGACAUUUUCUUUUUGAUUUUCACGAAGCACAAAUCCACAACUGGAUGACAUGGAUUUACAUUUUAUUUUACCCAAUUUGAAAUGUAAAUAUCCGUUUAAUAUAUUUGCAUAUUGCUGACUAACAAUCAGUCAGAAGUAGCCUAUAAAGGAGGGAAAAGAAUGUGAUUUUCUCUAAACCUUGAAACGGUUACAUUUGUCAUUUUUAGCUAUAGUAUAUAGAACAAAAUUAAUUUUACAUGUGUUCAUUUAAGCAUUUGUUAUUCAAGCAUUUUGAUAAUUGUAAACUUUUUAUAAACUGUAGAAAUUGUUUGUCUUUAUAUCUUAGGUUAGUAAAAGCACAUUGUAUCUGCCUUUCAUAUUGUAGACAAGAAAUGUUCACAUUGUUUAACAGCAAAAUUCUGUAAUCUGAUGUUUCCCCAUAGUUUAAUUGCUUCCAUGUCAGUCAGCAUGUAUGCAUACAUAUCUGAGUAAAACGUCGGUCAUAUUUUAUUAGUGUUUUAACAUAAAUUAUUCCAAACAAGAACAAUGUGCAAUAUCUGUAUGUAAAUGUUCCUACAUGCUUUUACCUUUUUCUCCAGUAUUGUACCAUACUUGUUUUGUUGAUCUUUGUGUGUUUUCUUUAUUGUAAGAUUGUUAAAAAUAAGAAACUGCUAUUAAGUGCCUUUCUAA